UGCAAAAAGUUCAGCUGAAAAGGACAAAUCUAAUAUCUCUUCAUAAUAAUAAUAAUAACCAAGCCAAAUUUGGUUUUAAUAUUGACAGAUUUCAAUAUUGAAUGUACAUGCUAAAAAUAUAAUACUAACUACUAACGUGCAGACGAUGAAAGAAUACUAUGUGAUGAACUAACCUCAGUCAUUUAACACCUGAGACAUUGGACAACGGCAUUCGAAAGCAUUAUCUAGAAGAAGUAGAAUGGAAAAAAUAAUACUGAUAAGAUUGAUUUGCUGCACAAGAUUACGCCAUCGAUGUGUCUACGUAUACGAUGCUUCGACAUGAACGUCGGGUUUCAAGGACGAAUAUAAACAUUGCCCGUGCGGCAAUUUGACACAUGUUUAUAUGCACACUGCUGUUCGUUCUUCACUUGAAUGAGACUCGAUCGAUCCUUAAUAUAAAUAAAAUUUUAUCAAAAUGCAACUACAAGAAGGGCUUGGGUCGAAAUACAUAUAUAUCACAUGUGUAAUUACAGCUUAUUGGAUAGUAUCCAUUUUGACUGUAUUUGUAAAUAAGGCACUGUUAUCCAGUGACGUUGUAAAUCUGGAUGCCCCACUUUUUGUAACUUGGUUUCAAUGUAUAGUGAGCGUAAUCAUUUGUCUCACUUUACGCAAAUUGUCACAAUGUUUCCCGAAGUAUAUUAAGGUUGCGAAUGACAGCCCAUUUAGCAUAGAUACUUUGAAAAAGGUAUUGCCCCUAUCGAUCUUGUUUGCUGGAAUGAUAACGACUAAUAACUUAUGUUUAAAAUACGUCGAUAUCGCUUUUUAUUACAUAGGUCGUUCGUUGACAACUAUAUUCAAUGUUGUGUUCACUUAUAUCUUACUCGGAGAAAAGACUUCCUUCAAAUGCGUAAUGUGCUGUGCGGUAAUUAUCGGUGGAUUCUGGUUAGGCGUAGAUCAAGAGAAAGUGGCAGGUUCCCUGUCCGUUGUCGGGACGCUUUUCGGUGUGGCCGGAUCGUUACUGCUGGCCUUGUACAGCAUCCGUAUGAAACGGACGCUUCCGGACGUAAAUCAAGACGUCUUCCUGCUUUCCUACUACAAUAAUACGUACAGCAUCGUUAUUUUGAUUCCGCUGAUGUUAAUCAACGGUGAACACACCGCUGUAUUUAAUUACGAAAAGCUCUGGCACCCUUUCUUUUGGUUGGCUUUAACAAUCGGCGGUUUAUUCGGAUUCGCCAUUGGAUACUUCACCGCGCUCCAAGUGAAAGUUACGUCUCCUUUGACGCACAACAUUAGCGGUACCGCGAAAGCGUGCGCCCAAACGGUCCUGGCGACCUAUUGGUUCGAUGAAACGAAGACAUUCCUCUGGUGGAUGAGCAAUAUCAUCGUCCUCACUGCCAGCGCAUAUUACGCGAGAGUCAGGCAGUUAAGUCUCAGUAAAGAGUAUAAACAACAAACUCAACAGUUCAAGGUGUAAUAAAAUAACGAUAAUAAAAAGUACGACAAUUUUA